GUUUUAUGCGAGCGCCGAGCAGAGCCGCGCCGCGCCACGCCGCUUGGCAAACAUUAGAGCGUAUAAAUAUGCCGACAAAUUGCGACUAUUAAUCAUUCGACCCAUAGAUUCCAUCGAUAAAACAAUUAGCUUGGAGAUCUAUACUCAAAAUGAAACUUUUCAUUGCGUGCAUCUUCAUUGCCGCCGCGACGGCUGCAGUGAUUCCUGUCGAACAAGCCAGGCACCGUCGCGACGUCUCCGAGAUCGUGAACGAUUACGUCCCGCCAGCAGAGGAAGUUGCCCUCGAUGCUCCCCUCGGAGAGAUCGCCCAAGACUCGGCUGUCGUGGGAGAGGAUGGAUACCGCUACAAGACCGUGCGUCGCCUGAAGUACCGCCAGCGUCGGGAUGUGUCCGAGAUCGCCAACGAAUAUCUGCCCCCAUCCGAGGAGGUUGUCACCGAGGCUCCUCUUGAGGAAGCUCCCGUCGAAGAAGCCAGCCAGGAUUCCGCUGUUCUCGCUGCUGAUGGAUACCAGUAUAAGACCGUGCGUCGCCUGAAGUACCGCCAGCGUCGUGAUGUCUCCGAGAUCGCCAACGAUUAUCUGCCCCCAUCUGAAGAGGUUGCCACUGAGGCUCCUCUUGCGGACGCUCCUGUCGAGGAAGCCAGCCAGGAUUCCGCUGUUCUCGCUGCUGAUGGAUACCAGUAUAAGACCGUGCGCCGCCUGAAGUACCGCCAGCGUCGGGAUGUCUCCGAGAUCGCCAACGAAUAUCUGCCCCCAUCCGAGAAGGUUGUCACCGAGGCUCCUCUUGAGGAAGCUCCCGUCGAAGAAGCCAGCCAGGAUUCCGCUGUUCUCGCUGCUGAUGGAUACCAGUAUAAGACCGUGCGCCGCCUGAAGUACCGCCAGCGUCGUGAUGUCUCCGAGAUCGCCAACGAUUAUCUGCCCCCAUCUGAAGAGGUUGCCACUGAGGCUCCUCUUGCGGACGCUCCUGUCGAGGAAGCCAGCCAGGAUUCCGCUGUUCUCGCUGCUGAUGGAUACCAGUAUAAGACCGUGCGCCGCCUGAAGUACCGCCAGCGUCGUGAUGUCUCCGAGAUCGCCAACGAAUAUCUGCCCCCAUCCGAGGAGGUUGUCACCGAGGCUCCUCUUGAGGAAGCUCCCGUCGAAGAAGCCAGCCAGGAUUCCGCUAUUCUCGCUGCUGAUGGAUACCAGUAUAAGACCGUGCGCCGCCUGAAGUACCGCCAGCGUCGUGAUGUCUCCGAGAUCGCCAACGAUUAUCUGCCCCCAUCUGAAGAGGUUGCCACUGAGGCUCCUCUUGCGGACGCUCCUGUCGAGGAAGCCAGCCAGGAUUCCGCUGUUCUCGCUGCUGAUGGAUACCAGUAUAAGACCGUGCGCCGCCUGAAGUACCGCCAGCGUCGUGAUGUCUCCGAGAUCGCCAACGAAUAUCUGCCCCCAUCCGAGGAGGUUGUCACCGAGGCUCCUCUUGAGGAAGCUCCCGUCGAAGAAGCCAGCCAGGAUUCCGCUAUUCUCGCUGCUGAUGGAUACCAGUAUAAGACCGUGCGCCGCCUGAAGUACCGCCAGCGUCGUGAUGUCUCCGAGAUCGCCAACGAAUAUCUGCCCCCAUCCGAGGAGGUUGUCACCGAGGCUCCUCUUGAGGAAGCUCCCGUCGAAGAAGCCAGCCAGGACUCCGCUGUUCUCGCUGCUGAUGGAUACCAGUAUAAGACCGUGCGCCGCCUGAAGUACCGCCAGCGUCGUGAUGUCUCCGAAAUCGCCAACGACUACCUGCCCCCAUCUGAGGAGGUUGUUGCUGAUGCUCCAGUCGAGGAGGUUCCCGUCGAAGAAGCCAGCCAGGACUCCGCUGUUCUCGCUGCUGAUGGAUACCAGUAUAAGACCGUGCGCCGCCUGAAGUACCGCCAGCGUCGUGAUGUCUCCGAGAUCGCCAACGAAUAUCUGCCCCCAUCUGAAGAGGUUGCAACUGAGGCUCCUCUUGCGGACGCUCCUGUCGAGGAAGCCAACCAGGAUUCCGCUGUUCUCGCUGCUGAUGGAUACCAGUAUAAGACCGUGCGCCGCCUGAAGUACCGCCAGCGUCGUGAUGUCUCCGAAAUCGCCAACGACUACCUGCCCCCAUCUGAGGAGGUUGUUGCUGAUGCUCCAGUCGAGGAGGUUCCCGUCGAAGAAGCCAGCCAGGAUUCCGCCGUUCUCGCUGCUGAUGGAUACCAGUAUAAGACCGUGCGCCGCCUGAAGUACCGCCAGCGUCGUGAUGUCUCCGAAAUCGCCAACGACUACCUGCCCCCAUCUGAGGAGGUUGUUGCUGAUGCUCCAGUCGAGGAGGUUCCCGUCGAAGAAGCCAGCCAGGACUCCGCUGUUCUCGCUGCUGAUGGAUACCAGUAUAAGACCGUGCGCCGCCUGAAGUACCGCCAGCGUCGUGAUGUCUCCGAGAUCGCCAACGAAUAUCUGCCCCCAUCCGAGGAGGUUGUCACCGAGGCUCCUCUUGCGGACGCUCCUGUCGAGGAAGCCAACCAGGAUUCCGCUGUUCUCGCUGCUGAUGGAUACCAGUAUAAGACCGUGCGCCGCCUGAAGUACCGCCAGCGUCGUGAUGUCUCCGAAAUCGCCAACGACUACCUGCCCCCAUCUGAGGAGGUUGUUGCUGAUGCUCCAGUCGAGGAGGUUCCCGUCGAAGAAGCCAGCCAGGAUUCCGCUGCUCUCGCUGCUGAUGGAUACCAGUAUAAGACCGUGCGCCGCCUGAAGUACCGCCAGCGUCGUGAUGUCUCCGAGAUCGCCAACGAAUAUCUGCCCCCAUCCGAGGAGGUUGUCACCGAGGCUCCUCUUGAGGAAGCUCCCGUCGAAGAAGCCAGCCAGGAUUCCGCUGUUCUCGCUGCUGAUGGAUACCAGUAUAAGACCGUGCGCCGCCUGAAGUACCGCCAGCGUCGUGAUGUCUCCGAAAUCGCCAACGACUACCUGCCCCCAUCUGAGGAGGUUGUUGCUGAUGCUCCAGUCGAGGAGGUUCCCGUCGAAGAAGCCAGCCAGGAUUCCGCCGUUCUCGCUGCUGAUGGAUACCAGUAUAAGACCGUGCGCCGCCUGAAGUACCGCCAGCGUCGUGAUGUCUCCGAAAUCGCCAACGACUACCUGCCCCCAUCUGAGGAGGUUGUUGCUGAUGCUCCAGUCGAGGAGGUUCCCGUCGAAGAAGCCAGCCAGGACUCCGCUGUUCUCGCUGCUGAUGGAUACCAGUAUAAGACCGUGCGCCGCCUGAAGUACCGCCAGCGUCGUGAUGUCUCCGAGAUCGCCAACGAUUAUCUGCCCCCAUCUGAAGAGGUUGCCACUGAGGCUCCUCUUGCGGACGCUCCUGUCGAGGAAGCCAGCCAGGAUUCCGCUGUUCUCGCUGCUGAUGGAUACCAGUAUAAGACCGUGCGCCGCCUGAAGUACCGCCAGCGUCGUGAUGUCUCCGAGAUCGCCAACGAAUAUCUGCCCCCAUCCGAGGAGGUUGUCACCGAGGCUCCUCUUGAGGAAGCUCCCGUCGAAGAAGCCAGCCAGGAUUCCGCUGUUCUCGCUGCUGAUGGAUACCAGUAUAAGACCGUGCGUCGCCUGAAGCUGCGUCACCGCCGUGCCCUGUAAGCACUGAGAAAUGUACCUGCGGCUCGUUCACGACUCGAAUCAUUCACCCCCCUCGCCCCACCAAGAACAACCACUAUUAGGCUUUAAGUAAGAACGACUUCUGUUUGCUAUUGUUUAACGAUUGAAAUCAACGAAAUAAAUCCAACGAAAAUUGUUAUAGUAUACAUCGUACAU